GAAGCGAAGGUGAUUCCGAGUGAGUCGGACCGGGAUGUGCCGGGACGCGUCGGGCGCCUCUGCUAUGUGUCGACGCGACGCGUUUUGUCGCGUCACCACAGACGGCCCGAUUGGGGUGACCGACGCGGAGGCAGCUCUGCCAGAAAGACACAUGAUACCCGGCCAGUCGCUAUCUCCCGUUCCCACCCAGCGGUCCCGCACACAAGACGCACAAUAGGUCGCUUCCGCCUCUUCUCCUCGUACCACCACCAUCUCUGCACCGCCCCGCAGCGCAUCAAUAUAUCAACCAGUGCACCCCCGCCCACCUCGCAUUCCACACCCUCACCCUCACGUAGACUUACAUCCAUCCCGACUUAUCAACCAUGCCCGCCCUCCUUCUCGCCGCUGGUCGUACUCUCAACCGUGCCACCUCACCGCAGCACACCGCAUCCGUCGAGCGGUCCAAGCGUGAUUCCGAGCUUGCGCAGCCCACGGCUCAGGGCCCAGCUCUGAAGGACAGACGUGCAUACGAGCACGAACGGCAGCGCGCGAAGAAGACGGUGGAGGUCGAGCGCGCCCGCGAGCGCAAACAACGCAAGAGCGUACAGCGCCUGGCAAGCGACGGCGCGUGUCUGGUGUGCCGCACGGCCCACACACGUCGUUCCGGGGUGAAAGGCGGCGUGUGGGGCGUGUCGGAGGUAGAGGGGCAGGAGAACGCCCCACUGGAGCCGCGGGAUGAGCAGAGCGGCUCCCUCGAUAUCGACGAUGGUGUUAUCGCGCAUGUCCGCGGAGUGCGGGAGGUGGACCUCGCCUCCCUGAUCAAGCCCGCGAAGACCCGGAAACCGAAAGCCGAGGACUACGAAGUCAUCCCGAACGUGCGUCCCGUGAUUGCGCUCGACGACCGAGCAUCAGCCGUGCCCGAAGUAGACGAGCCUUGGGAGCACAUUUCCGCUGAAGAUGAGGAUGGCGCUCCGGCUGGUCCGUCUGGUCCGUCCUACGCACAGAUCGUCGCAAACAUGACGUAGAUUGCUUGUGUCGAGCAUCCUGAUGCAUAAUCAGCGAGGACAGGGAGUAACAAGAAUACUAUGUAUGUGUAUAAUUGUUGGACUAGAGCCUGAGAAGGGAGAUUGCAGUAGAAUUGUUCUGAAGAUAUAUCAGCAGUAACGACGUUACGAUUUGUACUCACGAAUACCCAUAUGCUACCACCCGUCUAUGCAACACGCAUACCUAUUUCGUAACUGCAAUCUAUGCUGUAUCAUUCGCUAGGUUGGAAUACAGGCUUGUCAGUAGCCACUUAUGCUUAAACCCACCGAUACCGGCC